UUUCAAUAAUUCAAAAAAAAAGCCACUUGCGAAAAUUAAACAGGAUUCUAUUGGCAUGCUAACAUGAACACUGCCGUUCUUCUCCUUUUCCUUUCAAGAGGAACUUAUCAAUGCUUGUAUACCAACGCAACAAGUUGAAACCACGACCACCACAACUACGAUGGAACCUGUCACUACUACUUGUAACUUUUUAAAAUCUUAUCGAGAGGAGGCUUUUAAAGUUCAAACUAAUUCGCAAGAUAUCAAGAUAACAACAUUUCUACUCCUGUUUCAACUUGUUUUGACUGCAAACAAAAUCUUAUAGUUAGUUUCUCGAAAGAAAAUCCUUCAAUUCUUCUGAAUUUCCAGUUCCAUGUCCAACUGGAUGAAAACAAUUCGAGAGGCCUAGUGGAACAUGGUGUAUCCAGAUAUUUAUUGCUUCUGGGUGUCGCGCGGAUGCGGAUAGCGCUUGUGCUGCACAAGGAGCAGUCGUCAGUGGAAUUCAGAAUCAAGCGGAAUUAGACUUCAUGACUGCUUCGUUUUUAUCUUUGCCUGGUUCAAUGAUGAAUUUUAUAUGGAUUGGCGCUAAAAGGACAACCGCGUGUACUGGGAUGAUGUUGACAGCAACAUGCACCAAACUAAAUUCUUUCGAAUGGACAGACGGCUCAACGACAGGCACCGAUGGAUUUAUUUGGGAGACUGGAGAACCAAACAAUGCAUCGUCGAUGGAAGACUGUAUCGCUGUGGACGCAGUGACGGGGGGUUUGGGUGAUCAAUUAUGCAGUAGAACUGAUUUCACUGGAUAUGCAUGUGGAAAAGCACCAUAAUAAA